AAAAAAAAAAAAAAAACUUUCUUGGCGUUUCUUCUUCUUCUUCUUCUUUUAUUAUCACACACAAAAAAAAUGACGGUAGAAGUGUUAAUCGAUACAAAUUUUGAAGCACCUACUGAGUUUGGACCUCAUCAAGAAGAUAUUGAAACCUUUAUUGAAAACAAUGAUCAAGCAGGUUUAAUAAGGUCUUUUAGUCAUAUGGUGGAUCAUAGUACACAUCCUGAUGCAACACUCGUUGAAAAUGGUAUCCAUGCACCCUCUUUGGAAGUACCUAAACAUUGGCAUCGUCGUAAACUCAGCGGAUGGAUCCAUGCUCAUCUUGCUCCUCAAGGGUUUAAAACUGCUGUAGCCAAAAAAUACGGUAACUUUGUUAUUAUCCGUUCGACGGGAGAAUAUCAUUACGAAGAAAUGCCUAUUUACACACGUAUUGGCAUGCACUUACUCUUUGGUGGAUAUUACAGAGGCAAAGUGGUAGGUUCGAGUGUGAUGCAUUCUCUCUUUUUAAAAGAAACUUUGCGUCAAGGACUUUAUUUUACUCAACCCGAGUCGGUGAACCAAAUCCCUAGUUUUGUCCAACAUUACACGAUUGAAAUGGAUAAUUAUGUGAUUUCAAACAUAUCCGAUUAUACCAAUUUCAAUGAAUUCUUUACCAGAGCUAUUCUUCCCGAAAAGAGGCCCAUUGCCCAACUUGAAGACGAGAACAUUAUCGUGUCUUCUGCCGAUAGUAGAUUAAACGUAUUUACUUCCAUCGAUGCUGCGACUGAAUUAUGGAUCAAGGGAAAAAACUUUACGCUUGCUCAUUUAUUACAGGAUGAAACCUUGGCUGAAGAAUUAGAAGGUGGAUCGAUGGCUAUUUUUCGUUUAGCUCCACAAGAUUAUCAUCGAUUCCAUAUUCCUACCAAGGGUACAAUUCAAAGUGUGACACCCAUUGCCGGUACUUACUACACAGUGAAUCCAUGUACUGUUAAUGAAGAAUUAGAUGUAUUUACAGACAAUCAUCGUAGUAUUACCAAAGUGAAGAGCCAUCACGGGUUUCACUAUGGAUUUGUCUCGAUUGGAGCACUUCUUGUGGGAUCCAUUGUAAUGACACACGCUGAACCCCAAAAGGAGUUGGAAAAGGGUCAAGAAAUGGGUUACUUUCAAUAUGGUGGAUCCACAGUGAUUGUGGUCUUUCCAAAGGAUACUGUCGCUUGGGAUGAAGAUUUAUUAGACAAUUCCAAUAAGUCUAUUGAAACCUUGGUGCAGAUGGGAGAAAAGAUUGGACGUUUUAUUGUUUAAUCAUUGGGUAAAUAAAUAUCCAUGUACUUUUG